AUGCCUGAUGCAGAGAAGAAGACCGUCUUCCAACGCGGGCUAACCACGGCCUGUGAAGAAGCGCAGUUCCCUCAGCAGCUGGCCGUGGUAGAGAAGGAAGGCAAGCAGUUCUACGUGGACUUUCAAGAAGCCCUGGGCAGCGCGCACGGGAGGGUCAACGUGAAAGCCAUGAGUCCUGAGAUCAAGGCUGAUGUCAUAAAUGGAUGCAGACAUCUACUCCAAAAGGAAUGGAAAGACAGCCUCUUGCAGAAGGUGCUUUCGACGCCGAAAGGCGGUCGAGCCUCGGAUGUCGAUUUCGGGAAGCUGAUCUGCGGACCGAAGAUGUCCGCCGUUUGCGACGAAGAGGAGGAGAGCGACGGGGACCGUGAAGAGGAUGAGCCGCAAAUUCUGCUGGUUUCUGCUGUCGGAGCCGCAGUCCAGCUUCUGGUGCAACUGGUUGCGUUUCCUUUGGCCUUCCCGGGGCAUGUGCAUCCAGACGUUCUCAGGGAAGGGCUAAAUGAGUUGAUGGGGCGGAAGCUGUCGUCCGUGCCGUGGAUUGCCUUCACCUACUGGGUGUGCAACAUCAUCUUCAGUGUCUCGGCCCUGCGACUGGUCAGAAGAGCUUCGGCCUCGACGGUGGUCUUGGCGAACGUCGCAGCGCUUCCACUGAGCGCCCUGGUUUUUUGCUGCCCGCUUCCUUUGCUGAAGCCACAGCAAUUUCGUUGGACCUUUGCCAUGAGCCUUCUGUUGGUCGCCGGAGGCAAUCUGUUGUACGGACCGGAUCCCAGCGGGGUCGAGCAGGAGGAGGAGGAGGUGCAAUUGAGGGGCAGUGCUGCGCAUGUGCUGUGCAUGUUCCCCUUGGACCUGGCUCGGGCAGCGACAAGAGGAGAGCAACGGGUCGCCAUGGCGGAGCUUUCCUUCCUUAGGAUACUCAAAUUCAUGUUGGGACCACCAGGCGUCCCAAUAUUCCUGGUGCUGAUGUUUGACGCCAUCCUGGCAAUGAUUGUGUUGACAGUUGUCCUGCUGAUCUUACCAAAGCGCGUGCUUUCCAAGUCGAAACUGGUUCGGACGGCUCGCAACAAGUUGCUUCGGUUUCUCUCCAGGAUGGUCGAGUUGUCGAUGCAGGGACCGGUCGCUCUUCUAGUUGUUUGGCUCGGACGCAAAGUCUUCCGAGGCAGACUGGAUUCUGUGCCGAAGCCGCCUCAUGGCGUUAGCCCGAAAGCUGAAGGCACCUAUGACGUGUCUGUACAGUUCUCACCAACGAGGGUAUGGAACCCGUUCCACCAGGAAACGUACGUGGUGGCAUUCCGGAAGGAAGGCGUAAACUGGUUGGAGCGACCGUUCAAGCCGGGCGAGAAUCUCGAAGACAUGAGUG